AUGAGUACAGUGUCAUGUAUUACGGUUGAAGCCAACGAUCCUUGGGCGUUGGCGACGACGGUAGUCACUACCGUAGUGCCGGGCCCUGGGUCCAUGCUUCCAGGCUGUGAUGGUGUUGAUGCGCGGGAGACGAGUCGAGGCAACUUGCACUGCGAGUCUCGCAGGCAAGCCUGGCCUGCCAUCUAUCAUUGGGCCUCGGACCAUCUGCGGGUACCACACGUAUCGCAGCGUGGGCCUGCUCCUCUUGAAGAGGACCUCUUCCUGCCUUCAGACGCUCCAUACUUGCAGUUGCUGCUGCCGCACAAUGGAUACGCUGAUGGCCACGGCCGCAGAAUCUGGGCCCUACGAGUCGUAGGAGUCGUAGCACAAUUAGUUUGUCCUACAGUGCACGGAGCGGCUGACGGUGCCAUGAUGGCCAUCAAGACGCUAACACCAAAGCCUUUGCAGCGAGCACACAUCUGCUGCGGCAUUUACGCCGUAUUAGGCAAGCCGGACUGCAAGACUCAUCCUGUCCCGAUCCUUCGCACGCACGUACUCGCUCCUUUACGAUGGGGCGACUGA